ACACAGCAGGGCCACAGUGCCAGGCAGCACAGCAGUAAACACACCACCACCCCGGCGACCUACAGCUUCACCUCCUCAACACCUCCAAAAUGUUGCAAUUAGAUUUCCUAGACGAUUUAAGACGAAUGAACAUACGUCAGUUGUUCUACCAAGUGCUGAACUUUGCUAUGAUAGUCUCCUCGGCUCUUAUGAUCUGGAAGGGACUGAUGGUGGUCACGGGCAGUGAGAGUCCCAUCGUGGUGGUGCUCAGUGGGAGUAUGGAGCCAGCAUUUCAUCGGGGCGAUCUCCUCUUCCUGACCAACUAUGACCAUGAGCCUAUUCGUGCCGGGGAGAUCGUGGUGUUCAAGGUUGAGGGGCGGGACAUUCCCAUUGUUCACCGCGUCAUGAAGGUCCAUGAGAAGGACGAUGGAAGUGUCAAGUUCUUGACAAAGGGAGACAACAAUAAUGUUGAUGACCGCGGCCUGUACGCAAAUGGACAGGCUUGGCUGAAUCGCAAAGAUGUAGUCGGACGUGCGCGGGGAUACGUCCCUUUCAUCGGCAUAGUUACGAUCAUUAUGAAUGACUAUCCAAAAUUCAAGGUAAGUUUUGACUUUACCAGAAAGUUUUACUUGGUAGGAAAACAAUAAUCAAUAGUUUGUUUG